AGAGUGUGGGCGUGGGUUGGGGCACGCCAGGCCCUCGCUCAUACAGCCUGUGUGAGGGUGAAGGGACGUGGUGGUAUGGGUGGUUAUGUGGGCGAGAAAACGGUUGCCAACGUGUGUCGGGCUGAGUCACCUCAGUUUCCUGUGCUGGCACCCCACAGGUGUGCUCGCCACAUCAGAUCACCUGGGGAGAGGGGAGAGGGAGAUAAAAAUCGUCGCCUCGCGCAAGGAGGGACCCACUAACUCAGGUCACUGGGUUAUCUCCCCAACUUGAUCAUUCCCCUGCCUCCCUUCCAUCCUCAUCCCACUGCCAUAAUCAGGGAACCAAACAACAGCCAACCUCUCCCCCAGCUGUAUGUACAAAACUUACUCUUAUCCCAGCACAGACAACAUGGGAUUGAAGGAGAUGGAUGCGGGGCUGCCUUUGGAGGAUGAAGUGCCAUGCUAGAGUGUCUUUGUGGUUCUUCUUGGUGAUGGGAACAGGCUGCUCUGGGGGGCCCAGGCAUGUGGCUCAUCUUGAACUUGAUGCAGUAAGUUUAGGAGGCCCAGCCAUGGAGGGCUGUAAGAUAUUCUGUAAUAGUAAGGUCCUUCAUUAUGUCCAGAGGGCAAGGGUCUUUAAUGACAGCAAAUUCUUUGUUGACAUGAAGCUCAAGUAUUCACCAGAAGAAACUGAAAGUCGGUUUGAUGACCUCCUGAAGAAGACAAAAGAUUCUCCGAAGAAGGAAGAAGUGGAAAAGUUCCUGAAUGACAACUUUUACCCUCCUAAUGCAGAGUUUGAGCUCUGGACCCCAGGAGAUUGGAAGCCACAGCCAAAUUUCAUCCACAAUAUAUAUGACCAACCUCUCAGGAAGUGGGCCCAAAAUGUGAAUGAGAUUUGGAAGUCUCUGGGUCGCAAAGUGUCAACAGACGUGCGGGACUAUGCCAGUCACUACUCCCAAAUUUAUGUGCCUAAACCCUUUAUUAUCCCUGGUGGAAGGUUCACUGAGCUCUACUACUGGGACUCCUACUGGAUUGUGGAAGGACUCUUACUGUCAGAGAUGCAAAGCACAGCCAAAGGCAUGAUUGAGAACUUCCUUUAUUUGGUGAACAAAUUUGGCUACGUCCCCAACGGCACGAGAAAAUACUACCUCGGAAGAUCACAGCCACCCUUCCUGAUCCCCAUGAUGGACUUGUAUUGGAAGAUGACCAAGGACAUCAAGUUCUUAAAGGAGUCAAUCACUAUCCUGGAGAAAGAGUUCAAAUUUUGGCAAGAGAAUCGCUCCGUGAGUGUCACCAUGGACGAUCGGGUGUACAAGCUCUUUCAUUACCGAGUGAACACCACCUACCCAAGGCCAGAGUCCUUCUAUGAGGAUGAGAUGCUUGCUGAUGGUGUCACAGACCAAGAGAAGCUGAGGAUAUACUCUGGCCUGAAGUCAGCAGCAGAGAGUGGGUGGGACUUCUCCUCCCGCUGGUUUCUAGCAGAUGGGAAACGCAGCAAAAAACUCAUAGAUAUUCACACCAUGUCCAUCGCCCCUGUGUGCCUCAACAGCAUCAUGGGCCUCAAUGCGCGGCUCCUUUCUGAGUUCCACGAAGCCUUAGGGAACACAGUCCAGCGUGACAACUACAGAAUGCACGCAGACGAGAGCAACACCACCAUGAGCCGGGUGUUCUGGAGUGACCGGGAUGGGAUCUGGCUCGACUACAAUAUAGAGACGGGUGAGCUCAUACCUGGCUUUUACCCAUCUAACCUCAUGCCCCUCUGGACCGAGUCAUACGGCAAGGAGAGAGCCCCGGAGUUUGUCAUUGAGCAAGCCAUUGCAUAUCUGGAAAGGCACAACAUCACUGCCUACCCCGGAGGCAUUCCGACCUCUCUGGUGGGUAGUGGACAGCAGUGGGACCUUCCUCUGGGCUGGGCACCCAUGCAGUAUGUGGUUGUCAUUGGGCUGCAGAAGGCAGCAAAAUACAACCCAGAGGCAAGAGACCUGGCACUGAUCUUUGCCAAGCGCUGGGUGCUCAACGUGUACGAGAGCUACCUCAACACAACUCCUCACAAGAUGCUGGAAAAGUACAAGGUGACAGAAGUCGGGGGAACCGGGAAUCAUGCUGCGGGAGAGUACGAGAUGCAGGUGGGCUUCGGGUGGACCAACGCUGUGGCCAUGAAGUUCCUGAGUAUGUACGGCCACGAGAUCAGGACCCGGGAGGUGUACGACCCCGUGCCACUCUCCCUGGGACUCCUGCUGAUGGUAGUGUCUGCUGUGUCUAUCCUGAGCUAUGUGCGGCGGGUAAACACCUGCCUCCCCAAGCUGUUGCAGGAUGUUGAGAGUCCUUCCUGAGGGCAGCGAGCUAGAGCAUUGCACCAGCAGCUUGUACAAGCACCCUUUAGUUACAUUCAUGCUCAGUUUUUAUGUUGGUGCAAGUUUAUUUAUUGGUAUGGUGCUAGUAGAGGGUUGUUACAGAUUGAUUUGCAAUAGCUGGCCUUGAAGGAUUGCAUUUGCUUGUAGUUAUGAAGUUAUUUUGAUUUACUUUAUUUUUAUUCAACCGAAUCUUUUUAAUUUAUGUUUUCUUCUGUUAGUUAUAUAGUCACUUGAGUAUGAUAGUUUUAUCAUUGCCUUGCACUGGGCUGCUGACCGUGCUGUGCUUUAGCAGAGGUGAAAACACACAAGAGGCUGAUAAGCUCAUAAAUAAAAACUAAUAUGGUGUGAAUAGGAGGAUAGGGGGGUGGUAAUGCAUAGUCACCAGGUGCUGACUGGCCUCUUGGGUCACUCUACCUUCCACAUCAUACAAAACAUUAUAUGUCCACAUUGCAUUGCUGGGUCAGGUGGCAGUCAGCCAUUUCCAGCAGUGAAAAGAAUUUGGUAUCGAUUUUGCCUUUCCAUCUCUAUAGAGAGCUCAUGUAGAGACUACUUGGAAUGCUGAAACAAAUAUAUAAGUAGUCAAAAUGUGAUAAUAAUGAUGAAAAUUAUAGUAAUAAUAAUAAGCAUCCAUGAUUUGCAGGCAGCAAUUGGCUACAUUGUUCAUAGAAGCCAAAUCACAGUCUGCACUCUGCUGCACUUCCGUCCACACAGUCACAGUGAUGCUGAUGAUAUUUAACACAUAGCACACAUAUAGACAUAUAUUUUUAUUGAAGAUGUAUAUAGUUGAUGAAAAAUCCUGUAAGAAUUUAGCAGAAUAUGACGAACUAGAAUAGUUCAACUCAGGAAGCAAGGAAUUCAUGGGUAGUGCCAUUGCUUCCACAUUUGCACUGGGUUUGUUCUCCAUAUUCUGUUUGUCACACAUAGAGUUAAGUGUAUUGUAGUCAAGUGAGAGGAUGACUAAAAGACUAUAUAUUUUAUUAACUUUGUAACUGGUGGGUACGGUUGCACAGUCACUGUUACGAAAAGUAUGUAUGAUGAAUAAUUGGCCGACUAAAAAUUUUAAAAAUAGUCAUGGUUCUUAUACAAAACUGCAGUUUGUUUAAAAAAUGGACCAGUUGUGUUUCAGGAUAAUGAACUGACAGUUUUUCAUGUUGUGUUGCAAACGACUGUCUAGUAUUGAGUAUGCCUCAACCAUACGUAGUUUAGUUAGAACUUUGUGUUACUUGUCACAUUCCUGAUGUAUUUAUUAUCUUUAAGCUACUCAUUAAUAUACAUACAGCAAAGCCUUAACUGGUCUGACUGAAUCAGGUCAUUCCAACAUAGGACCUUUGGUUAACAAUCACCUAAAUGUUUACUUUGUAUUAAUGAGGUUGUGGAUUUGUAGUUUAAUUUAUUGAGGCUGUAGCGUUAGGGCUUAAAUGGCAUGUGAUAUGUUGUUUGUCCUAUCUUUGGGUCUUAUUUUGGGGUGGUUGUCCACAUCUCCCCAUUCUCUCUCUGUUGUGUUUUUAGGAGUGAAUUGUCCUAGUGGCAGGCACCAUGGGGGACAAGGAAGGCAGAAACAAUGGGAGGGAAGACUUAGAUCAACUUGGAUUCAUUUCUUUGUGUGCCGAUUAGUUUUUUUUUUUUUUUUUUUUUUUUUUUUUUUUUUAAUGUUGUAGCCUAUUGCGCCGGUAGGCAUCUUCCCGGUGGGGCCUGAUGGUCGGCCCAAGUUAAGAUUUAAACUAAUGGAGCAAAAUUUAUAUCACCAUAGAAGCUGCCACUAGUGGGUUACUUUCAUAAAAGUGGAUAACCAUUUAAUGACCCACACAGGAGUUGGUACAGACAAAGAACAUCCACAACUUCAAGUUGUUAAAGGUAGAUGUGAAGACGAGUCAACAUGAGAUUAACUCAAAUUCUUUAUACUACAACUCGGUAGUAAAUAUGUCUUGAUGCAGUCCCUCCCUUGCUAAACACAGCCUCAUAAUUAAAAUAUAUAGAAAUGUCAUAUUUCCUGAAAUAUGCUGUGGUGGCCUUUGGUGAGCCCUGAGAUUCUCAUCCACAAGAGAAGUAGUGGAGAUAGGGAUCAUAAUGAAUGUUGCUUCUUUUUAUGAGAGUUAAUUUAUUGGUUCACAAUAGUGAACAUCAGUUUUAAGCAAGCUACUCUCUAACCUUUCUCAAAAGGCCUUUCUGUCACUUCAGGAGAUGCUUCACUAGUUACAGUAUUCAUAUGGAUAGCUGGGGUUUGGAUAGAAGGGUACAUCUAACUAAUUAACAAUGCCUGUGUGGGCAAUAGGUUGUCAGUAAUGUGCAUAAUGUACAUUUCAGGGAUCUAGAUAUAUUCUUUGAUAUGUUAGGUCUGUUUUUUCUUUAUUUUUAAUAGACUGGAUUUUAGUAAACCACAAUAAUGCUGGGUUGUGCCUUCUUUUUCUCCUCUCAUCUAAUUUCAAGCUUAGAGGCAAAAGCCAGCUAUAGUGCUAGGCUUGUUCCACAAGGAGCCAGAGAGUAAUGAAGAUGCCUUCAGUAAAAGGUUUCCAUCCAUAUGAUCUCACACACUGAAAUUACUUUGUAUACUUUUACAAGUAAAUACUUCCCUCGGAAAUAUUUCACAAAACUAAUAACAUUUUUUUCCAUUAAUUAAAUAGAGCACACGAGAGGCAAGUUCCUUCCUUAAACUUGAAGAAGUUAUCCUUUUGGCUCUCAUGCAGCCUUUAUGUAGACAGGAGGAAAGGCUGGGGGCCUUAAAGGGCAGUGAGGGAUGUGUGUAGACAGCUUGUUUACUCACUGAAUAGAUUAUGUGGACGGUUGGAACCACAAAUCAGAAGAUGGCCAGUCACUAAGUACAAAGACAAGCAGGAUAUGCACUCACAAGGCACUGUCUUCUGCUUUGAGGAGGCAUAAGGAUGUUUCAAAUGACUUGAAGAGAGUUUGAAGUACAUCUCAAAUCCUAAUUAGAUCAAAUUAAUAGUAUGUGGUUGAUAAAAAAGGGUUUUCAGAUUCUUUGUGCUUUCAUUUGCAGUAAGAAAUUCAGUAUAUGGACCAUUUACAAUGAGACCAGAAGCACAAGACAGACUGAAGUAUUUGGGAAAGGCAGUGAAAGGAUGAAUUUCCACCAUUACAUUAUAUAGAGAAACCAACCCAUUAAUUAAUUUAAAUGUAUGUAUUGAGAUUAAUGGGGUUAUCUCAUGAAAUUUUAAGCUGCAUUGAAAUUUUUAGUAAUUCAUUAUUGUUAGGCUAUCAGUGCAAGGGAAUGAGGUUUGACAUACUCAUAUUCUCAUAGUAUGUUGUCAGAAAUAUAUUCAAAGCUUUUCAGGCUGAAAGGGAGUGUUAAUGUUGUAUGGCAGGACACAAAGAGGAGUCAAGUUUGAGCUGCUAACUCACUUAAACAGUUUUCAGUUUUACCAAAUUAAUGAUAAAAUGAUGAGUUGUAUUUGCAAGUUUCCUCUUCUAAAGAUUUCAGUACUAUAAUAACACCAUAAUGAAGAGCAGUCCUGCAAAUAUAACAGCUAAAAUAUUAUUAACUUGGUACAUAAUAAAACUAUGUCUCGUUGAAUUUGCUCCUUACAUUUUAGAGUCCUCAAAUGGUACCAUAAUUACUGUAAGUGUGGAACUACAACACAUUUUAGAUUGAGAUGUUGUGCUCGCUGUGAAGUUGUGGCAGUGGAAAGGCUGGGCAUUGGUGUAUAAAGGGCUUGUCAUAGAUGAAAACUGUUGGUUGUGAUUAACCAGCAAUUACUGAUGAAGACAUUUGUUUUCUUUGGUAAAUGUGUUUAAUGCUUAUUUAUUUGAAAUGUUAAAUGUGUAGAAAAAAAUUAAGAUCAAGGAUAUAUUGUGCCUGAGUAGAAGUGUUCAUGCCUCCAAGAGCUGUCUUGCCACUGCUUGUUGCGUACUAAUUUCUGAGAAUGUUGAGUGCAUGAUUACCUCCGAGGCAUGAUGGAAAGUUGUUUUAUGAGUUUUAUUAAUAUCAUCAAAUGAAUUAUCUGGUUGAUGAAAUGACAGAUUUAUGCACUUAACUUAUAUUACACAACUGGAUUUGUUCAGUGUACAUAUGAGAAAAUAUUUUUUAAUGAUAGUUUGAAAUAUAUAUAUAUAUAUCUAAUUAUUUUUGUUAUUGUAGCCACUUUGUUUUCAAGAAUCAAUAGAUUUUGUUUUGUU